GGCCGCGACCCCCUGCCCGCAACCCCCGGCCCGCAGCGCCCAGCCCCGCAGCGCCCAGCCCCGCAGCCCCCCCCGGCCCGCCGCGCUCCAUCCCCUGUGUCACCCCGUGCACGUAGCGCUGUGUGGAUAUGGCUGAUGACAACGAAGACCUGCAGGCAGAUGAGGAGCUUCCAGCUCCAGCUGAGGACAACUUUGAGCAGCUGGAGAACGACAGCCCUGCCGAGCGCAGCGGGCACGUGGCGGUCACUGAUGGGCGCUGCAUGUAUGUCUGGGGAGGCUACAAGAAUGCACAAGUUAGGGGAUUUUAUGACUUCUAUCUGCCUAGAGAUGAAAUAUGGAUCUACAACAUGGAAACUGGAAGAUGGAAGAAGAGUAAAACAGAGGGAGAUGUUCCACCUUCCAUGUCUGGGAGCUGUGCUGUGUGUGUAGACAGAGUGGUGUACCUCUUUGGAGGACACCAUGCACGUGGCAACACCAACAAGUUCUACAUGUUAAAUUCCAGAUCCACGGACAAAGUGCUGCAGUGGGUCAGAGUAGAGUGUCAGGGGGUGCCCCCUUCGUCGAAGGACAAGCUUGGUGUUUGGGUGUACAAAAACAAGUUGAUAUUUUUUGGAGGCUAUGGGUAUUUUCCUGAAGGGAAACAACGGGGGACUUUUGAAUUUGAUGAGACCUCUUUUUGGAAUUCAGGUCUUCCUAGAGGGUGGAAUGACCACGUGCAUGUUCUGGACACUGAAACUUUUACUUGGAGCCAGCCUAUAACUACGGGUAAAACUCCGUCGCCACGAGCGGCUCAUGCCUGCGCCACCGUGGGGAACAGGGGCUACGUCUUCGGAGGCAGAUACAGAGAGUCCAGGAUGAAUGACCUUUACUACCUGAAUUUGGAUACAUGGGAGUGGAAUGAAAUAAUCACACAAGGCGUUUGCCCUGUCGGCAGAUCCUGGCAUUCCCUAACACCCAUUUCCUCAGACCACCUCUUUCUCUUUGGAGGAUUCACCACUGACAAGCAGCCAUUAAGUGACGCUUGGAUUUAUUGUAUCAGCAAGAACGAGUGGAUACAGUUUGAGCACAACUAUUCUGAAAAACCAAGGCUGUGGCACACGGCUUGUGCAAGCGAGGAGGGAGAGGUGAUCAUCUUUGGGGGCUGUGCCAACAACUUGCUUGCCCACUCCAAAGCUGCUCACAGCAACGAAAUACUUGUGUUUUCCCUACAACCAAGAUCUCUUGUCAGGCUGUGCCUGGAAGCAGUCAUCUGCUUCAAGGAGAUGCUGGCCAGUUCCUGGAACUGCCUCCCCAAGCACUUGCUGCACAGCGUCAACCAGCGGUUUGGCAGCAACAACACCUCGGGCUCCUGAGCCCUGGAGCAGCAGGGCCAGGGUGGAACAAUCCUGCUGCGUGUGGCAAAUGUUGACCUUGUACAGGUUGUUUUGUUGUAGGUAGCUGCUUCUGGCCUUUGAGUUGCAUGUGAAUGGCCUAGAGAGAACCUAUUUUUGUGUAAAGAUGUUGGCAAUAAAUGUAUUUAAUGCAAGUGGAGACAUAGCCUGUGCUUGAGCUAGAACUAGUGCUGGGUUUGCCCCCUUGAAGGAUGUGUGAGGACCAGCCCCAAGCUGGAACAGGGCUGUGAGGGUGUGGAAGUACUUGUUAGGUAUUAAAAAACCCACGUAGACCUGGCUCCUCAGGACAUGCUCUGGUGGGCAUGGUGUUUUGUUCCUGGGUUGAUGGUUGCACUAAGAGGAUCCUGGUCAUGCAGGAAACACCCAGGCACCCCACCAUGAUGGAAGAGGAAGGAUGGUUUAGUCCAGCCUGACACAGGCUGUGACAUUGAGCAGUCCUGGCCUGGGCCCCAGCCUUAGGAAACUGCUUAACAUUUUACCACAAAUGCUUCAGGUCAGAGCAAUGGGAAUAGGAAAUUGUACCUUGUCAGAGUUGAUUGUCGUAAACCUUCAGCUGUUACAGCCCCACUACUCUCUGCUUGUUUGUAGUUUGGUUUGGUUUUGUUUUUUUUUUUGAACUCUCUAUGUUGUGGAAAUUCAGUUGUGAACCUCAGGGAGCAGAUAUUCUGCCCUGAGAAGCAUGGAUGGAAGUGGUGUCCACGACCUGCUGUGUCCAUGACCUGGGGAGCUCCCCAGUGCUGGAGCAGCCUGGAGGGCUUCAUCCUGCUGGGUGCACCCAGAGUGGCUGUGGGACAGCUCAGCAGCCCCAGCAGGGGACAUCAGGGACAGGCUGUGCUGCUGUGGAGGGGCUGAAAUUGUGUUUUAAACUGUCCUCCAAAAAAAUAAUAAAUGAAAAAUUAAAAAACUUUGACUUCUAGAACAAAAGAA